AUGUUUAAACUACUCUGCUGUGGAUCUAAUAAUGGAUAUCAACUUGGUGUUGGCGAUAAUAAUGAUCGUCACGUGAUGACAGUGUCAAAGUUACAUAGUCAUAAGAGGAUCGUGAAAAUGGCAUCUGGAGCAGAGCAUACAUUAUUAAUCCUAGAGGAUGGAAAACUAAUGGGAUGUGGAACCAAUGGGAGACAGCAGUUGUUUUUGGAUUCCCUUGUUGAGAGAUCUCCGGUAUUUGAGACAGUUCAUCUACUAUCGGCGUUUAAGUUCAAGACAAUAGCAUGUGGCUGGGAAUACAGUAUAGCAGUGACACGGGACGAGAGAAUUUUUGUGUCAGGGUAUGGGGCAAAUGGAGAAUUAGGACUUGGAAAGGACAUUAGAAGCAGUACAAAAGGAUACGGUGAAAUCAUGGUUAAUGGGGAGAACAGAGGUGGAGUCAAACAGUUGAAAAGUUCCAUACACAGUUCUAUUAUCCAAUUUGGAAACGAUCAAGUAUGGGCAUGGGGGAACAACAAGAAGGGACAAUUGGUUGACUACGGUAAGAAUGAGAGUCUUAAAAUUAUAUGGGAACCAGUUCAACUUGAGUUUGAUAAGGGUUUGAAAGUGAUAGACUAUGCUAUGGGACGAGAUUUUACAGUAUUCAUAGUGCAGGACGAACAUGAUAAAUUAAAGAGCUUAUUUCGAGGUCGGGAUAACUUCGAUAUUGAGAGACGGUUGGCCAGCUUACAUCUCUCCAAUGAUUCCUUUGAGUGUAUCGAGUCGAUGUGGACGUCAAUUCAUCUCAUUGAUGACCGUCGUCGAAUCAAGUCGAUCGGUAAUAAUUCAUAUGGUCAGACUUUUCCAGGAACAGACGAUGAUUCUCCGUACAUCCAUUACGCUACAGGAAGUGAGCACGGAUUAUGUUCAACUCAUAAUGAGGCGUUCUCUUGGGGAUGGGGAGAACAUGGAAAUUGCGGAGAGCAUACAAGAGGAGACAAGUCGGUAGACGACGUUACAUUCGAUUACUUGAAUCUACUUUAUCGGACUAAUGGAAAGAAAGAAAAGAUAGUGGAUGUGUUUGCUGGAUGUGCCACAUCAUUUAUACAAAUCGAGGAAACUUUAUAG